AUGGCAGCAACAUUAGGAAAUGGGAAGACUUGGCCGGCCAAUGUGGUGUUGUGCUUCUUCUUGUUGUCUGUACACCUGAACGAAGGUCAAGACACAGUCAACAAUGGCCAGGAAGCUACUUCUAGUCAGAAGCUUGAGGUUGAUAAGCUUUUGAGGAAAUUGAAUAAACCAGCCGUCAAGUCUAUAAAGAUGAGGCGAACUUUCCGACCUGAAGUAAAGAUAGAAAGCAAAAUGUCUUCAAAGUCAAAGCCAAUUGUUCAGCCAUGGCACCAAGUUGGAAGUUGCCCAAAUAGAACCAUUCCUAUAAGAAGAACAAGAAAGGAGGACAUCCUGAGGGCAAGCUCUAUCCAACAAUUGGGGAAGAAGAAUCUCAAAACUGUCCCUCUUCGUCCAUAUGUUGCUGGUCAAGGUGGCCAUGAGGAGAAAAAUAUUAUGGAGGGGAAAGCAACUAUGAGCGUGUGGCAGCCUGCUGUUCAAAAGGAUGAGUAUAGUAUCUCUCAAAUUUGGGUUAUAAGUGAUGCUGACAGUAAAAAUCUUAACACUAUUGAAGCUGGCUGGCAG